AGAAACUAAUGUUGGCGUUUCCUGUAAAUGCAACACAGCCACCGUAAAGAAGCGUUUUACACGUUAUUUUAUACCUCAAUAAAAUCAUACUGCUUUUUACAUCGAAGUUGAGCCUGUGGCUAAGAUGGCUGGCUGAUAAGGAUGAUAUGAGAUGCGGCUAGCUACCAAACCCACAGAGCUAGCUAGGUAAAGAAUAUUCCAAGAUAUGACUGAUGACUAAUCCCUUCAACGCCAAGUGGUAACGUUAUUUGUUUUUGACGAGAUGGUGUUUUACUCGUAAGCAGAUGGCUCUCUAACAUGACAUGCGCCACAGUUUCCCCACUUUUCAACUGGACCCAAGAGAGGGACUUUUCUGCAAUGGUGUUCAAGUAACGUUAGUGGGAUUCAGCUUGAGGCACAUUGUUUGAGUUCGUCAUGAAGACGCUGGGCUCGCGCUGUGCCUUCCUCAUAGGCUUCCUGGUGGGGACCUGUACGCUCUAUGUGUUCCUACGUCAGGUGUGGUUCGAGAGGACCUUCUCCACACGUUCUCAGCCCGAUGGCCUGGAGAAGACAGCGGCUCAGCUACGUGAGCUGGAGGAGGACAGCAAGAACUGGAAGAAGGAGAGGUCGGCUCUCUUCAACCUCAACCACCCCCACCACAAAGGUGAGGACAGCCACAUGGCAGACGAGCUGUACAAGAAGGUGCGCAUCCUUUGCUGGGUGAUGACAGGGCCCAACAACCUGCAGAAGAAGGCCCGCCACGUAAAGAACACCUGGAGCCGCCACUGUAACGUGGUGGUGUUCAUGAGCUCUGUGGACGACCCUGACUUCCCCACUGUGGGGCUGGGCACCAAGGAAGGCCGCGACCAGCUCUACUGGAAGACCAUCCGGGCCUUCCACUACGCCCUGGAGAACCAUGGAGACGAGGCCGACUGGUUCCUUAAGGCUGACGACGACACCUACGUUGUCGUGGACAACCUGCGCUGGGUGCUGGCCAACCACACGCCAGAGGAGCCCAUCUACUUUGGACGCAGGUUUAAGCCCUACACCAAGCAGGGCUACAUGAGCGGCGGGGCAGGCUACGUGCUGAGCAAAGAGGCCCUUAAGAGGUUUGUGGAUGGCUUUAAGACCAAGGUGUGCACCCACACCACCCACGUGGAGGACCUGGCCAUGGGCCAGUGCAUGGAGAAGGUGGGGGUGGUGGCCGGGGACGCCAGAGACACCAACCUCAGGGAGACCUUCCACCCCUUUGUCCCUGAGCAGCACCUCACCUCCAAGUUCCCCAAGAGCUUCUGGUACUGGAGCUACUGCUACUACCCCAUCUCAGAGGGGCCAAAUUGCUGCUCGGACCUGUCUGUGUCUUUCCACUAUGUGGACGCGUCUCUCAUGUACCUGUUGGAGUACUACACCUACCACCUGCGUGCCUUUGGCUACAGGUACCGCUACCAGCCCCCGGCCCCCCUGGGCUACAAGAAUGAGGCAUGGGACAGGUCAGAGGGUGGACACUCGUACUCCAAAGAGCAGCCGGCCAUCCCGAGGGGGCCACUGGCGAGGGUGGAGAGUCCGUCCAGGACAGACAGGAAACCGGUAGUGAUGCCUCCUGCUGCAGCAGGGGAGAAAGACCCGCCUGCUGCUGCACAGGAUGACAAGCAGUAGCAGCCUUGUGUAUCUGAGAGUGAGGUGUGUUAAUGGUUGCUUUUGAGCGUGCAUGUGUGCAGAUGCAUCUGUAUGGAUGCACCUGCACACAUUUUUACAGAAGUGAAAAGACUCAACUAUGGUGCCUCCCAAAGAAGUGUGCUGUUGUGAAGGAUUGUGUCAGUGGUGAAGAAUGUGUGACGCUGUUGGUUGGGUUGUCACUGGCACCAACCCAUCCCUUUUUUAUUUUUUUGUGUAAAAAAAUAAGUUUACCACACAGCCUCCAUGUUGAAAUGUCAACAGCCCUUCAAUUUUUUAAGAUAUUUAACAUGAUUGUUGUUUCAAAUACCUGUUUUAAAUCCCUCAGUUCUUGGACCACUCUUAAGGCAUCAUCAAAUAAUUAAAGUAUGACUUGGUGAGUGGUCCUGGGCCAUUGUUACUGUAGGAGAUUCCUGCUGGACUGGUUCAUCUUGCUACUCCCCACUGUAACCAGUUUGACCACUCCUCACUUUAACAUUGAGCUGACUAGAUUAACUAAAUUUAUCAGAAAGGAUUUUGGAUCAGCGUCUCCUACCCUAAUCAACCUAAGCUACUAGGGGUUGAAAACCAAACUUGGUCUUAGAUUUGUGUUUUAUUUAUACCUGUAUAAAGUAUUGUCUGUAAUAAGAAGACCAGCAGGUAUUUCAGACAUACUGUUGGAGAGUGGUAACGAGAGAGAGAGAGGGUCACUUUAAACCUGGGAGACUCUCUCAAUCAGCCCCAGUAGCUUGUGCCUUGUGAAGCAUGAUUGUGUGCAACGUAAGUUGCACAUUUUGAAACUGCACUAUGACUAAAAACAAGACGGACAUGUCGCUGUGCAUGUUCAGUUAGCCGAUCUCUAGAGAACAGUUUUUGCACCAUGUUUGAUUGGAUAAUAUUGUGUUUAUUUGUUUGAUGGAUAGGAUGAUUCAAGAGUUUUUAGGGGAGUGUUUUCUGGGAAAUGACUGGGUGGGGAUGUUUGGUGUGUGUGAUGUCAUUAGCUGAUGUCGCUGACUGAUUUUGUUUUAACUUUUAUGAAUCUUCAUUGUAUUAUAUGAUACCAUAUUCUUAUUCGGUAUGCUUUUACAGUAUAUUAUACUUUUUGAGCAAAGUGACUCAUUGAUCACCUCAAACCAAACUCACAGGGUGUCUUGUCUUUUAAUCUUCAGUUCAAAUGGGACUUAUGUCUAUAGCCCUGUAUUUCACUGGUUGAUGUCUGUUUUUAUAGACAUGAGUUAACUUAACAUCCUGUACGUGGUGCUGUAUAUUGGUCAGACACCAUUUUCACAAACAGAGGGUCUGUAUAGGUGUAUUGACAUUUGUCACAUGGCAGCCUGCAUGUACAGCCAUUGUAACUUAAACAGUAAACCAAAUCAGCAUGUAUGCUGUAAGAUUCUGUAUUUUAAACAAGAAUGACUUGGGAGUAUCCUCCUCA